AAGGGAAAAAAAGCAAAAUGUUUUAGCUCUUUCAUUAAAACCAGUCUGUUUAUGUCCACUUUUUACUUUAGGGAGGAGAUGUUUGAUUAUUCUGCUUUAACAAUGCAUUUUUUGUUUCGAAAAAGACCCCCUCUACAAGAAGCAAUGGGGCACAAUGUAUUUCAAUAUUAAACGUGCCGAAAAUCCUGCCAGAGUCAAUAGUCAGCCAGCAGCAGUCUCGUUUUGUCUCGUUGUGCUGCGGUCCAUGCGAGGCUUGCUGUUUUAGACGGACAACAUAACAAACACAGCAAAAUGGACGUUUUCCUUAUGAUUCGUCGCAAAAAAUGCACAAUCUUCACAGAUGCCAAAGAGAGCACGCCCAUGUCCGAUGUGAAGAAAAUCAUCGAUGGAAUUUUGAAAGUUGCCCCUGAGAAUCAAAGGCUUUUUAAAGAAGACACUCCCAUGUCAGACGACCACAAGACGCUGGCAGACUACGGCUACACCAGCACCGUGGCCAGAGCUCAGGCACCCGCCACCAUCGGCCUUGUUUUUCGCCAGGACGAUGGCGAGUGGGAGAGUCUGGACAUCCAUCCCCUGUCCAGCCCACCGGAGCUGCCAGACGUGAUGAAACCACAGGAUGCCAAUCAGGCACACCAGCAGGAGGCCAACGCCGUGUAAGAAUUCUCUGGCUGACUUUCUGUCAGCGCUCUGCAUCUGCCCGUCGUCACCACCACCACCACCACCACCACCACCGUUGCUGACUUGCAAGAACACCGAACACCGUAGGACACUUUGUCGCAGGACUGAAUAUAACAGACAGGGGGAAAUGAUUUUUUUAAAGAUAUAUCAGAAAAACUUUUUGAUUGUGCCAUUAUUUGAUUUUUUUUUUUUUUUCUUCUUUUUUCUAGAGCGUUUGAAUGAAAGUGUAGAUGUGUUUGCUGUCUGAUAUUUAAGAUCUCGGUGCAUGGAGGUUGUUGCUAAGUUAGUGAGAUGCGAGCAGUGAUCUCAUGGCAAUUUCGAGCUGUCUCUGUGGUUUUUUCACGCUUAGUAGGAGCUUGGUUUUUUUUCUUUCCCUCGCGGGGCGUUUCACUUUGAUGUGGCUUCAAACUCCAGUUGUUGCAACACGCUCCCCCUGUCUGUGAAUCACUUUUCUUCGGUUUUUAAAAUUAUGAAUUGAGAUUUUUGAAUAUGGUGACGAGAACAUCUAUCUGAUGGCGUGCAUGAACAGAUCUAUAAAUAUAUAUAUCCUAUAGGCUAGGGUUACCUCGCGUCAUUCGUUGUCAGGCUGAGUCGGGGUCUAUUGUGUACCCUGGCAUUUUCCACCACACGCUCCUCUUUUCUUUCUUUUUUUUUUUUUCGUCUGUACACAUGUGAAGCAUAUCUUAGAAAAAAACCCAACCGCAACAAAACUUUUGUUUAUUAUUAUAAAAAAUUUUCUCCCCCCUCCCCCCCCUUAUUCUGUCUUUGCUACUCUGCUGUUAGUUGACUAUUAAUCAUGUUAGUUCACUAUUAAUCAUUUUCAGAAAAUGCUUGAUGGUUAGGGCAGGUUCAUACAAUAAUCACUCACAACAACAUAGUUUUUGUUCCUUUCUGUUACCUUUGAUGUAUCUGAGAUUUCUGAGGGGGGGGUUAGGUACUGUGUCUACGAGAUAAUUGUUUUAAUUCUCAGAGGUGCCGAAUUUCCGGAUAAAUCCAGAAACCCGAAUACCUGAAAUUGUCCGGAAUUUGCCGGGGGGCUUCGGGAUGAUUGUCGAAGAGUUGUUACUUCCACACUUUGUAUAAACACAUAUAGUCUUGUACAAGUUGUAGUAGACAGAGGGAUCUGUGAAUUUUGAGUCCCUUUCACGUUUCCACGGUGUCUGGAAAGUUAAGACCUUAUUUAUUUUUUUUCCUUAGCCUGUAGGGACCUCAGAUUUCAUUCAGGCCUUUUGCGUGUUUAUUUUGUUGUUGUAAGUGUUGUGGAGUGGAAGGGGACUGAUUUUUCUAAAAUUAUGUUUUUUAAAAGCAAAUUUCUAAAUAAAUAUUAUAUUUUGAUGUGUGUGUGUGUAUGUUUAGUCUUGUCAGGGUAAUAAGUCUACUUGUGUUUAGCUCAAUGUGAUAGCGUGUUGUUGGAAGUGUGUAAUAGAUCUGUCUAUCUACCUACCUACCUUCCUUCCUAUCAUCAUCUCAUCAAGUGUCUGUGUGCCGCCCCCCCACCCCCCACCCCUUUAUGUGUUGCUGUUUGGAUGGAGGGCCUGCUUAGAUUGGCUGAUCUUUCACACUACUGAGGGUUUUGCGCUUAACUUUCUUGACUGACAGGUUUUUGUAUGGGGUGGGGUGGGGUCGGGUUUGGUAAUUUGUACCCAAUUGCUACUGUUCUUGAGAUGGAGCACCGUGUGUUGUUUUUUUUUUUCUUUUUUACAUCUGUAUUUGUCCAUUUCGGGUCAGCUGUGUUGUUGUAUAUUUCACAAUGUAGUAUUUUUUUUUAAUCUUCUAAGGAAGAUUGGUCUGCACCCAUUUUUUAAAUUAAUUUUUUUUGUUCUGGUAUUUUCAGCUAAAUUGGUCCUCGGGGCUAUCUGUUUAUUUGUGUUUCUGAGUAGGUGUAUGUGGAGUUGUGCCGUGGACAUAACUCACGGGGGUCGGUCCGUAAGUAGUUUCUGCGAUAUUUCUCACCAGAAUAAAUCAUGUAAGCAAAGCUCUUUUUUAAAAAAUCUUUCCUUACAAUAAAGGCGCUUCGUGACUCCCGACUUUUAUGUGACACGUCUAAAUAUAGCCCGGUGGUGCAACUUGUAACACAUUAGUCUUCGGCACUUAUAUGACCUUAUGUGUUGCAAGUGCCAUAAAACUUCCUAAAAUUUUAAAAACCUAUCUGGUUACAUUUAUUUUCAAUAUGAUAAAUAUGAUAUAAAUUUCCAAAGUGGGAACGAUUUUUUCAUGGGUAUCCCCCCCCCCACCCCACCCCACCCCGUAGCUGGUUGUUGUCCCUGGCCACAUUGUAAAUCCUCCCGAAUCAAAAAAUGCUGAGGGAAAUAUGAUUCAUAUUUUGCAUUUUUUUUAUAGUCCUUUAAAUGUUUUUUUUUUUUUUUUUUCCCCCUUCCAUGUCAUUUGGUGUGUUAGUAAGCAGGUUGUGUGGGGGGCCCUCUCGUUUUGUUUUAGAAAGUUUUUUUGUUUUUUUUUCGUUCUUCUUUUGGAUGUGUCAUUGUCUUGUUAGUUGGGUUUUUUUUUUUUUCUUUUUCGUUUUUUUUUUCUCUUAUUAAUCUUUGUGUGUGCAUAUAUUUAUGUAUGGCUGUGUGUGUGUGUGUGUGUGAAAGAGUCGUUCGAACGAGGAGGGUGGGUUGCUAUAUUUAAAAUCAGCAAUGGUCUUUUCUGAGAAAAGUUGGUGAGAUGGCUCCUCUUGGCUUUGCUGUCUUUGAGUCCCCCCCUUCCCACUGUAACGUACGUGUGUGUACGUGUGUGUGUGUGUGUCUGAGACUGCUUUAUGUGAGUGUUGUGUCAUUAAGCAUAAAUAGUUGUUUAGUGUGUGUGUGUGUGCGUGCAGAGAGAGGGUGAGUGUGGGUGAGUGAAUGAGAUUUAUUUUUUCCUGUCCUUUGUUGAAGUAAUAAAUGAAAGAAUGAUUUAACAAUA